AAGUGACUUUGAGCUUGUUGUGUCUCCUCGGCCCCACGCUGCGCUGCUUUCCGUACGGGGCGGGGUGCCGCUCAGUCCGGCGCACAGCGCAGAGCGCACCGUCACCAGCUGCUCUCCCUGCACCGUCUGACUCGACAACAUGGGUUUAGAGAAGGAGAAAUCGGAUACAAGUAUAAUCAUGGACGAAGAUGAGUUUAACAGGUCGAUAGAGCCCAUUCUGUCCAAACAGGGGAAGGUGUACGCGGCGGCACAGGACCGAGAUCCAACCGAUGUCAACGCGCAUUUGAAGGUCGGUUUUGAAGAUGUCAUCGCGGAGCCAAUUUCCACGCACAGUUUUGACAAAGUGUGGAUAGGAAGCCACGCCGCCUUUGAGCUGAUCAAAUUCAUCUUUUACCGCUUGCUGACCACGCUGCUCGCUGUGCCCAUGGCUUUCAUCCUCGGACUGGUGUUCGGAGUGCUCAGCUGCAUUCAUAUCUGGUUGGUGAUGCCGGUGAUCCAGAGCUUCAUGAUGGUGCUACCGUCGGUCCAGAUAGUGUGGAGGAGUCUGACAGAUAUGUUCGUCACGCCGCUCUUCCAUAGCAUGGGAAAGGCCCUGUCCUCCAUUCAGGUUAAAACUACAGAGAACUGACGCAGACACCUCUCUGUCCCCGAGGAGAAAGAAAUGUAGGGCAGACUGGAGUCCAUGGAAAAAAAAAACUAAAUGAUGCUAGUGGAAUACAUGAGCUCUUGCAAAGUAAAAUAUGAAAUCCUAAAGAGUCCUAUGCAAAGUAUUAACAACUAUAGAUAGAAAAGUUUUUGAAAUGAUGGCCGUAAGGGCUGAGUUUUCACUGCAGGUCAUGUGAAACAGUGAAAACACAUCAAAUUGAGUUAAAUUACACCAAAAGCUUCGGAAAUGUAUGUUACACAGUCAGCGUCAUUUCAUUGACUUUAUUUCAGUGUUUAUAACUUUACAAAGAGCUCCUGUGCCCCACUCAAAAUAGAGUUGCUUUGCUGAUUCUGACCAAAAACAAAAAAUCUUUUCAGUCCAUUCCUUUGUGGCUGGGAGUGGUGGAAUUACUGUUGUUCAGGCUAACACACUUACCGCUGACUUGCUGAGAGUUGUAAUAUUUCUGCUUUAUAUAUAUAUAUAUUUUUUUUUGUAUAUAUGCAAAACAUUCAGCGAGAAGUUGAUUGUAAUGAAGUGAAUUAGAAUAGAAUGUCUGCUAGAGAGUAGAUUAUUUGAAUAUUAAAUGCUGAGAUGCAGCUUGUUGCACAUUUGCAGGCUUAUUUUACUGUCUGCUGUGUUGAUCUCACAGAGCAUUGGCAAUAAUACUGGGCAUUUGCUUUUAUAUGGACCUAACUGUUAUUUAACUGUGUCAAAGGAAACCUAAUUAUAGAUCAUCUGGGAGGGGGCUUUCUAAUUUAUGAUGUAUGUAACAAGCAAUUCUUGAUUGGCAAACCGUGACAGAAGAGAGGACUUUACUACAGUGUGAUGAAGGCAUUCCACAUUUUGUACUGUGUUUGGUUGAAUCCUCGGUUGAGCUGAAACUCUGGUACAUGCAUAGGGUUUUUUUUUAUUAUUAUUAUUAUUGUUUGCUUUAGCGCUGCAAAUUUUGAGGAAUCAGACAAUAAUAUGAUUUUUACUUUUUUUGCAGUGGUUUUGCUAAAGUUCAGUUUUACAUGUUAACCUGCACAGCUCUCACUUGCAAUGAGCUGUGCUAUCCUAAAGUCCCCCUCUGAUCAUUGAUUUAGCCCCAAAAACUCAUUCCUGCAUAUCAAAGUUACAUAUUUGCAUAUUUAGCUCUUUUGGGGGUUUUUUUGUUUUUGUUUUUUUGUUUUCUUUGAAAAAUAAUCCCUUCCUGUCCUAAAAUGGCUCAGAUGUAACUGAUGCUUCCUAUAGAAUGUACAGAUCUAUGCAGUCCCUCUCUCUCAGUCUUCCCUGCUAGUGCAGCUCGAGCACACCAGCUCACCUACGAUUCUGCUCAAACUCUAAAACUACUUUAUUGCUACACAGUGACAAGUUGUAAUGUUGGAGUUAUUCAGCUGUACAUCUAUGAACCUGAAAGAGAUUCUUCGGAAAAUUACUUUGACAAUAUGGAAAGAAUCAUUGUGACGCUAAUGCUAAUCUGUGCACUGCAGUAAAUUGAUGAGAUGAGACGUUGAUGUUUACAGUUGCAUUCAUUCUUUUUUUUUUUAAAUUUUAAAGGUAAAAUUUAAAAAAAUAUAUUUUAAAAAACACCUAAAUACAUACAAGCUCUGGUUCGUGACUAAUGUAUCAAUAAGCAGUCAGCGCUGAGCAACAUUAGCAUUCAAUUGGAUUUGUGUUCUCUUUUUUUAUUCCUAUAAAACAUCUGAAGCUAGUUACUGACUUUAUCUGUUUAUGGCGUGGCGCUGGACAGACAAUGGGUUCAGCCCACCCUAAAGAUGGACAACCACUCUGAUAUCAGCCGUCAUACGAACCAAUAAGCCAGCUGUAUAUCCAGUACACAGUUUGUAGCAGGUGAUCAUCAAGAGUUUCCCACAAAGAAGCAGCACAUCCAGCAGGGUUGUGUAUGAAAUCAAAGCUACAUUUGCAUCAGACAAUUUCAACUUGUUACUCAUGCAAGCUAACCAGCUGAACCUCUAAAGCAAACUACAGUUGGAGAAUGUGUCAUGUGAUGUUUUGUUUUCUUGUGUGCAGCCUUGUGUGCAUGUUCUGCAGCUCUGGGAGGAUAUUUAAGGUAGGGUUGUGCAAUAGUGGAAGACAGGUGUGAGGCUGAAGCUAUUCUUUCUCCUCAGCAAUACCAUGUAGAACUAAUCAACCUCGGUUCAGCCCAGCUAAUCAUUCUUCGAAGGCUUCAAUUUUAGGCAAAGAGAUCAUAAAUAUGACGAUACAGCUUUUAUCAGUUUGGAUUUGAUUUUCAGAUACAUUUUUGACUGUUACUUCACUCUGACUCAAUGAACUCAUAUUGUAACUGAAACUCUUUUACUUUAACAAGCCAAAUGUGUUCUUCGUGACCAAAAUAAAGACAAUUUUUCCUCAAGGUAA